CGCCUCUCCCACCGAUCCCUCCGCGCCUUGCGUCUGUUUCAGCACUAGUGGCGCGUAACGGAGGUGAAAUUCAAGAGGCAUGCUUCGUCGGGAGCGGUCGCGUUUUGAUCUCAGUAGUGUGUAUAACGUGCGUCUUUGUGCGUUAUGUGAAUAUUCGUGACACUGAUCUUUGUCUCCGUUCGGCUUAUUGUUCUUGUGGCCGUGUGUGAGUUCUUGUUUUUUCUUUGUUAUAUUUCAGUCUCACGACUGUGGUGUGAUUUUUCCUCUCAGCGCUGCCUCUCUGCUUGUGUGUGUGUGUGUGUGUGUGUGUGUGUUUGGGGGGUGCGCGACAGGCGUUCGCUUUCUGUCCUCAGCCGAUCCGCAUCACGCCUCACUCCUUCAUCAAGAUCCUGGAAUGACCAACCGCAAAUAAAGGGGCUCGCGCCCUCCUGUUCGGACCAUGGCAUGCGCUUCAUCAUGCACUUGCAUACGCGCGCCGCCGACGCUCGACAGCAGUGAACAUGGGUCUCAGGUCGAGAAAUGGCGCUAACGGCGCCCAGGAUUCACGCGAUCGGCGGAAAGACACGGUGGCUGGCGAGCUCGAGACAUGCACGAGCCACGAGCGGGACGGCGCGCUGCUACUCGCCACCUCGGCGAGGCAAGCGGAAUUUAAACGGGGCUCGCAGAACUUUGGCCUUUUGGCCAAGACGCCUAUCGGCUACUCGCGGCCCGUGAAGAGGAACAACAUCCGGAAGCGGCGCAUCCAGAAUCUCAUCUACGAUGCACUCGAGAGACCGCGGGGAUGGGCGCUGCUCUACCACGCGUUUGUGUUUUUGAUAGUUCUGGCGUGUCUUAUUUUGGCGAUUCUAACAACAUUUAAAGAGUAUGAGGAUGACUCAGGUCACUGGCUGGUGGUUUUGGAGACAUUCACUAUUUUUAUUUUUGGGAGUGAGUUUGUGCUGAGGAUCUGGGCAGCAGGAUGCCGUUGUAGAUAUAAGGGUUGGAGAGGACGUCUCAAAUUCGCUCGCAAACCAUUGUGUAUACUGGAUAUCUUUGUGCUGAUUGCGUCUGUGCCGGUAGUUGCUUUGGGUAACCAGGGAAAUGUUUUGGCUACAUCUCUUCGGAGUCUACGCUUUCUGCAGAUCCUGCGGAUGCUGCGUAUGGACCGGCGAGGUGGCACCUGGAAACUGCUGGGGUCUGCAAUAUAUGCUCACAGCAAGGAACUGAUCACUGCAUGGUAUAUUGGCUUCCUGUCUCUUAUCCUGUCCUCCUUCCUGGUCUACCUGGUGGAGAAGGAUGUUGUCUUGAUGACAAUACCCAAUGAUGAAGAUGGCACCCCAACACCUGCCCAGGACUUUGACACCUAUGCUGAUGCACUGUGGUGGGGACUGAUAACUUUGACAACCAUUGGUUAUGGUGAUAAGACACCAAAGACAUGGCCAGGACGUCUACUUGCCGGGACCUUCACUUUGAUUGGUGUUUCAUUUUUUGCUUUGCCAGCGGGUAUUUUGGGUUCUGGUUUGGCUCUUAAAGUUCAGGAGCAGCAUAGGCAGAAACAUUUUGAGAAACGCAGGCACCCUGCAGCUGGACUCAUACAAUCAGCCUGGCGAUACUAUGCUACUAAUCCAGUCAGAGAAGACCUUACAGCAACAUGGAGAUUCUACGAAACAGUGAUCUCUCUGCCAUGCUUCAGGAAAGAAAAUCUGGAAGCGAUUGCAAGUCAGAAGCUGACUCUGCUGGAUCGUGUGCGGCUGCCCACGCCACGACCAUCUUCAGUGAGAGGCUGGCUUAUGAUGCCUGCUGGGAAUCCUGGGAGUGGAGCAGGGAAUGGUGGACCAGCAGAGGUGGCUGAAGAGAGUCCAUCUAAAGAGGCAAAACCUGCUGGCUUCAGCAACAGAGAGAGAUUCAGGACUGCGUUCAGAAUGAAAGCUUACUCUCUUAGACAGAGUUCAGAGGAUACAGCCGGGCUGCCAGACCCCACCCCUGAGGAGAAAGGCUUUCCUCCUGAUAUCCUGAUGGAGGAGAUGAUUCCUACUCUUAAAUUAGUCAUCAGAGCAGUCCGGAUUCUGAUAUUCCUGUUGAAUAAAAAGCAUUUUAAGGAGACCCUAAGGCCAUAUGAUGUAAAGGAUGUGAUAGAGCAGUACUCUGCAGGACACCUGGACAUGCUUUGCAGGAUCAAAUACCUCCAAUCAAGAGUAGAUUUGAUUUUUUCUCCUGGUCCACCUCUCACUCCAAAACAUAAAAAGACCCCCAAAACACCUUUCCCCUAUCCAUCUCAACAGUCUCCCAGACAUGAGGGUUAUCUGGCUAAAGCAGGCCUGCCUGAUACUGAAGACCAAAGCCUGAUGGGCAGAUUUGUGCGGGUAGAGAGACAGGUGACAGACAUGGAGAAGAAACUUGACUUCCUGGUGGACAUGCACAUGCAGUAUGACUUCACACCUCCCGCCCCCAUUACCAUGGAGCGCAGUGAUGUCACUGUCAGUAUCAGUGGAGACCGAGUGUACUGCACCUAUGCCCCACCUGUUCCCUACAGCCAAUACUACAUACACUCUCACACACUUUCACACACAAACCCACCCCGCCCCACUGUUCUACCCAUCAGCCCACUGCCAAGCCACUCCCCUAACUCUCACUUUGAACUAUCUGAACAGCUGUAUUUGGACCAGAGGGCAGGCACACCACUGUCAUUGCUGUCUGUCACACAUGAGGAGCUAGAGCGAUCACCCAGCGGCUUCAGCAUCUCUGCUGAGAGAGAGGAGAUCACAGGCAAUGGGUCAGGAGUCAUGGCAAGGUUGAGCUGGGGUCAUGAAUGCCAAUAUUUAGCAGAGGGUGAGACAGAUACAGACACUGAACCAUUCACCCCAAGUGGGCAGGCUCCACUGUCCUCUACUGGAGAUGUGUUCCCUACAGAGGAAGUGUGGAUCACCCCACCUUGAUAUCACACACACACACACACACACACACACACACACACGCACACACACACUUACAUAAAUGCAAAGGUAACAGUACAUAAACUGUUUUUUUUUUGUUUGUUUUUUUUUAAACUGCAGACUCUGUACAGCACACAAAUAUACACACUUACACACGAAGACAAUAUUGUUAUUAAUGGAAUAUAUAUAAAAAUAUAUCAACAUGCUUUACCGCUGCAAAGCUAGGAGCACUGCAUGGAAUGCAUGCGUUUUAUCUUUUUGUCUUUAGUGGUAGACAUUGCACAAGUGCAGACCAAGAAGGGGUUAUAGCAAAUGGAAAAUUCUGUUAAAAAAAAAUUAAUGAAAAAAAAAAGAAAGAAAACCAAAUGCUAUGCCAUUUUUGUACACUUAUUUUUAUAUUUACAACCAUCUGGUUUUCUUCAUAUGCAUGGACUGCAUGGCACUCAUCCUUAAAACAGUUAAUGGUCAUUAUAUUUUCCUAUUGUUUUGCACUUAUUUUAUGUUUCUUUUGAAAUGCAGAGUAUUUGUUAUAAUUUAAUUGGCUGUUUAUGUAAAUGUCUGUUACCAUGUCACAUCUUGAUCAUUACCAAGUGCACUUCCCUGGACGUCUCAGAGUACACAUAUUGUGUAUUGGGGUGACUAGACCAGAGUCACCCCAAUGCUGCUUUGUCCACAUGACUUAUAGCCCAGCUACUCACCUUGGAAUCUGUACCAUGGUUAAUUGACUUUCACAGCUUUCACAACUGCCAGCACAAAGAAUGUUAGUUCUGGAAUCUAUAGUUAGCAUACAUCAUCUGCACAAGUAAUUUCAGGUUGUUGACACUGAGUGUGGUCACUUUUAGCCACUCUGUUAGUUUUAACUUAUACUAUUAUGUGAAGGUACUCUGCCAGCUCUACUGGGAGCCAGUUAGGGCCCAUCUGACCACCUCAAGUAGCCACUCUCAAUAAUUUAGAACAUGUAGAAGUCUUCCUAUAAAGUUACUUAAAAUGACUUGUAGAAGGAAAUUUUUGUGUAAAAGUGUAUAAUUCUCAGAUUCAAAGACAAUAUGUGCCAAUGGCUAAUUAUUAAAAACUUAGUAUGUCUCAUGGAUUUUGUAAUGGGAUGCAAAUAAGAAUUAAAACCUGUAGUAUAGCCAUGUGAUUGCUUAUGAAGUUCCCUGAAAGUUUUUGACAAUCACAUGGUUUACUAUUAGACUGAAUUUAUUAUUAUUAUUAUUAUUAUUAUUAUUAUUAUUAUUAUUAUUAUUAUUAUUAUUAUUAUUAUUAUUAUUAUCCAACCAAUCAAUCUAAAUCAUGCUUUUUUUUAUUAUUGCAAAACACAACAAACUCUAGCUAACUAAACCACAUCAGGUGUUUUUUCUUUGACUAAAAAUGGGUAAACCUUGCUGCAGAAUAGUCUACAGUCAAAUAGUCAACAGUGUACUGUUAAUUUAUGCAUUCCCUUCUAAAACUAUAUCAUCAUUUUGACCUCAUUAUGAACAUUGUAUAAUCAAAAUAUCAGCUUGAAAUUCAGUCAGUCCUAGAGUAAGCGAGCAUGUAUGAUCUUUAACAGGACUAAAAGUUUGAAUAUGUAAAACCAAGACUUGUACAGCCACGAUUUAUAUACUUAGACUUGAUUUUGGUGAUUUGCUGAAUAGUUAAAGUAGGAAAUAUGAUAUAAUUCAGUAACGUGGCCCCAUAGAAAGUUUUAUGUACUGCUAUCUUCUUGGGGCCCAAUACUCAAAAUGUGCACUAAAAUACAUAGGAAGAGCUUCAAUAUUUCUGCUUCUGCUAUUAGCAGAAUUACAUUAAACAAUAAUGUCAAUUAUGAAAAAAGAAAAAAUGACUUUUUAAAAUAAAAUUUCAUUAAUACAGUUAUUGAUAUUUAUGAUCUAUAUAUAUGCUGAUAUGUUUGUAAACACUCUAAGUAUAUCAUAGCUUUAAAGAGAUAAGCAUUAUUUCUGGUUACAGAAGAUAAAAAUGAUAAUUCCUGAAUGCUUAACAACAUUUUCUUUUACUCUGACUAUUUUCUUUCUUUCUUUCUUUCUUUCUUUCUUUCUUUCUUUCUUUCUUUCUUUCUUUCUUUCUUUCUUUCAUGCAUGUGUGCCUAUGUGUGUGUGUGUGUGUGUGUGUGUGUGUGUGUGUGUGUGUGUGUGCGUGUGAAUGUGCUUGAAUUUUGAUAACUCACACACUGACCACACCCAUGUACUGUAAACUCACAAACAGCCUGCCAUCACUGACUAAUGACUGCUAUUCAUUAUUUGUGCCUUGCCAUUCUGGAGUACAGGUUCCUUAUAGCCACAUAUUUUGUUUGUGAAUAGACCAGCCAGUCAUCCAUUUGCUCCACAAAUUAUACAUUUGUUUUACUAGGCUACAGCCAAUCACAUUUUGUUCCUUUUUUUAUUUGCAGAUUAGAGGAGUUUACACUAGUGGCCUUCUGAGCUCUUCAUUCCAAGUUUUUAAAGAAUACACUUUUUAUUUAUAUCCUGGUCUGCACCAGUUUAAUAGAUUGACUUACAGAAACAAUGUGCAGAUGUCUUAAUUUUUUAUGUUACAUUGCACCAGUUAUUAAUAAAAAUGUAUCCAAUUAGGUCUUUGGUUGAACUUAUUUUCCCAAAAAUGCACAGUCAUUCAAAAUUUAAAUCUUCACAAAAUCCUGGGAAUGAAAAAAUAAAAAGGAAUUGUCAAGAUGUAGAUACAGUGGGGAAAAUAAGUAUUGAACGUGUCAACAUUUUUUCAGUAAAUAUAUUUCCAAUGAGGCUAUUCACAUGAAAUUUUCACCAGACCUUGGUAUUAAUUGAAGAAAUUCACACAUGUAAUGAAAUCCAAACAUUGAAAUCCAUAAAUUAAGUUAUGUGUAAUAAAGUGGAAUGACAGGAAAAAAGUAUUGAACUUUAUUUAUGGAUUUUAAUGUUUUGAAUUAUUUAUAUUUGCGGAUUUCUUGAGUUAACCUUGAUGU